AUGAGUUCAGAUACUGAAAAGCAUGUUGACCAUGUAAUAGAUGAGAAACAGGGUAACGCAGAUCCGUUCGAGAAAGACGAAAUUGUCAAAGAGGAUGUGCUCGAAUACGACUCCAUUGAUUACGAAAAUGACCCAGAGUACAAAGACAUCCCUAUGGUGGUUCGAGAACUUGUAACAUUUGAAGAUGAUCCUGAAACACCAAGCUUGACAUUUAGAUACUUUUUAUUGAGCAUCAUUUUCGUUGGCCUUGGAGCAUUUGUAUCUCAAUUAUCUUGGUUUCGUACCACUUAUGCCCCAUAUUCCGUCUUUUUUGUGCAAAUCGUAACGCAUUGGGCAGGAAAAUGGCUGGCCAGGGUCCUGCCAAACAAAGUGGUCAAUCUGUAUUUAUUCAGCUUUAAUUUGAAUCCUGGUCCAUUCUCAAGAAAGGAGCAUGUCUUGAUCACGUUGAGUGCAAGUGCAGGUGCAACAUCCAAUCUCGGCGAAAUCAUUGUAUCUGUAAAAGAACUAUUCUAUGACGAAUAUAUGCACCCGGUGGCGGCAAUUGCUUUCAUGUGGGCUACCAUUUGGACCGGAUACUCUUAUGCUGCUCUAGCUAGAUCUUUCCUCAUUUACGAUCCCACCUUUGUUUGGCCUCAGGCUUUGAUGCAAACCACUCUGUUCAAUACUUUAAGAUCAGAAUCUGAUGACAACGAUUCCACUGCACGCAAACAGAUGAAGGUCUUUUGGUUAUGCUUGGUUGGAAUCUUCUUCUGGCAAUUCUUGCCCGAAUAUGCUUUCCCUCUGACCUCUAGCUUAGCAGUACUUUGCUGGUUUGGUGGACAUAAUGAAGUUGUUGCGUUUGUCGGGUCUGGCCUCGGAGGCAUGGGUGUUUUGAACUUCACUUUGGAUUGGAGCAAUAUUACAUCGUCAAUUAUGCUUUCUCCUUGGUGGACACAAGUAAUUCAGUUUGUUGCCUUUGUCCUUAGUGUGUGGGUACUUGUCCCAAUCGCCAAAUUCAAGGGACUUUGGGGAAGUGAUCAGAUUCCCCUCAUGUCCAACAGGCUCUACUUGGCAAAUGGUACAGCAUAUCCUUUCACCAAAUUGAUUACAGCCGAUGCGCAGUUCAAUGAAACUGCGUAUGAGGAAUACAACAUGUGGACAAUCUUCUUCGGAUACGCAUCCUACCUAUCUGCUUUCGUAUCCAUCGCAUUGUUUGCUGGUCCAAAAUUAGUGUUGGUUGCGAAGACAUUGAUUAAGCAGGGAAAGAGAGAAAAUACUGACAAGUUAAACAAAUUGAUGGAGCCUUACAAGGACGUGCCUUUAUGGUGGUACCUUGUCCUAUUUCUUAUCUGCUUCAUCACAAACAUGGUACUCAUCUUUACGGAGCAGCUUUACAUUCCUUGGUGGUCUUUCAUUGUUGCAUUGGUAAUCGGAGCAGCAUCUGUGGUGCCUAUGGGAUAUAUAUAUGCUAUUAGCAAUUAUCAAGUCGAUAUUGGAACAUUCAACGAGCUCAUUUAUGGUUACAUGCUUAAUGCAAACGGAAAUUCACGUCAUCCCAUCGGAUCCUUGGUUUACCGAGUUGUUGCUGGACAAUGCUGGUAUCGUGCGCAAACCAUCUUGCAGGAUAUGAAAAUCGGACACUACAAUCAUGUUGCCCCUCGCGAUGUCUUUUGGUCCCAGAUCAUUGGAAAUGUUAUUGGUGUGCCAAUCAAUUACGCAGUUAUCAGAUGGGUAAUUGAUACCAAGAGAGACUACCUGGACGGCACUAAGAAAGAUCCUCUUAACCAAUGGACAGGACAAAACCCCAUCUCUUAUAAUUCACAAGCUGUUCAAUAUGGUCUCGUGGGACCAUCAAGAUUGUUCGAAUUAUCUGCCUAUACUCCAUUACUGUAUGGAUUCCUACUAGGAGCCAUAGCCCCUGUGUUGUUGUGGCUGCUGCAUAAGAGAUUUCCCAAAGCUCGGUUUGACCUUUGGAAUACCACCAUUUUCUUUUCAAGCAUGGGUAACUUCUACGGAAACGUUUCAACCGGUCCCCUUAGCUCGAUUAUUGGAGGCUUCGUAUGCAACUUUUACUUUUUCCGGUAUAGACAUGCGCUGUGGAAGAAGUACAACUAUCUUUGUGGGGCAGCUUUGGACGCUGGUUUCAACCUUAACAUGCUGGCCAUUUUCAUCUUCUUUUCCGCUGCCAAAACGGUUGUAAUGCCACCGUGGUGGGGCAAUGACCCAGUUUCAGUCGAAAAAUGCUACGCACUAUGA